AUGGCAGACACUAGCACUGCCCCAAACCAGGGGCAGAGCCAGGAGUCCGAAGAUAAGAAACCGAGAGAGUACACGUAUGCCAAGAAGAAGUAUUCGAUUCAGGCAUAUUAUGAGAAGCUGCAAGAGGUGAAGAGGAGGAAUUGUGCCGACUGGUGGAAGUUCUUCCUCGUUCUGCUGCUCGAGAACGAGGUCAGGAACGAGUGCACGCUUUGUGGCAAGACCUUCAGCGCUACCAACCCGUCGUCCGUGGCGCCUCAGCAUAUGAGGGAUCACGCAUCCAAGCCUCCGCUUCCGGCAGCAGGGGAUUCAAGUUGUUCGGUCGGCAUUGGUAGCAGUCUAUGUCUGCUGAACUUGGCCAGCAUGGGAUCUUGA